AUGUUACCGACUACUCCCGUCUCCGCUGCGAUUUCAGCGACCGCUCUCUGGGUUCUCGUCCGCUGCUUACAAAUGUUAUACAAGGCCAUAAAUACGGAGCUCAUCAAUAUAUUAUAUUCUCAGAAGAAACAAAGUGGAAAGGGAUACUUCCAGGCAAAACCAAUGUACCAGGAGUCGUCUAUGGGAAUAAUCGAGUUUUUAAUGCGAAAUAUAGCGGUACGUUUCAUGUCUUCUACCAUGAAAUUCGAGCUAACAUCAAGGAAAAACCUAGAAUUUUUGCGCGCAGGAAAGGAUGCAUAUAUGCAAGUGGCAGUGGAUAACUCGCGACCUAAUAUUUAUAUCGCUGAUCCUCAAGCUAUCAAGAGUAUUACGAUGCAGAAGCAGCGCUUUACAAAAGACCUUGAGAAGGUUGGGGAGGUAGUCGGAAUGUAUGGGCACAACCUGGCGUCCGUUGAAGGGGACGAUUGGAAGAGGCACCGCAGGGAAACUCAGCGCGCCUUCAACGAGAAAAACAUUCGCAUGGUCUGGUCAGAGACUGAGGGAGUUAUGAAUAGCUUAUUCGAAGUUUGGGACAAACUCAACACUACCGAAGUUCGCAUCAGUGAUGUGCCUGACAUGACGGAAAUGUUGGCCCUGCUGGUAAUUUCAGCGGCUGGAUUUGGUCGUCGUGUGAAUUGGGAUCCAGCUGAUGAUAAGACUCCCGAAGGACGGAAAAUGUCGUUCUCUACCGCACUCCGUACAGUUUCAGGGAAUCUCAUUACCAGGUUGCUUAUCCCUAAUUGGGCUAAGGAUCUUACGAAGACAACUAGAACUAUCACAACUGCGUUUUCCGAGUUUGGUAAUUAUCUCAGUGAAAUGACUGCGGCCCGUCGCAUAGGAAAAGAAAUUGACGGCAGUGAGCUGCAAGAAGCUCCUCACGCACAAGUUGCGUCUGAUAGCUUGUUCAACAUACUCCUCUCAGCAAGCGAUGCAGAUUCUGGAAAAGGUCAAAAGCUGAGCGACCGGGAUGUUGCCGGCAAUGCGUUCCUUUUCCUCUUUGCUGGCCAUGAGACUACUGCGCAUACAUUGUCGUUUUGUCUUGGACUCUUAGCUCUAUACCCUGAGGUCCAGCAAGAAGUGUACGAACAAAUAAAGCAAGUCAUAGGAACUCGUGAUAAACUCGAAUACUCCGACAUGAACGACAUCAACCUUGUAGAAUGUGUACUUUGGGAAGCGUUGCGCUUGUACCCAGUCGUGACACAAGCACCUAAAAUUGCUACAGAGGACUCUGUUAUAAGUAUUGCUCGUAAUGGUCCCGGAGCGACCGAAAACACGCGUGAAGAUUUCUUUAUUCCCAAAGGCGCGAAUAUUUGGCUCUCCUUUACUGCUGUUCACUACAAUCCUACACACUGGUCUGAGCCCGAGAAAUUUCGUCCAAAGAGAUUCCUAGAGCCUUACAACAAGGAUGCUUUCCUUGCGUUCUCAAUCGGUCCCCGCUCCUGUCUUGGACGCAAGUUUGCAGAGACUGAGUCCAUCGUUGCGCUGGCUAUGUUACUCGCGAGGUACGAGGUCGGUAUUGAUGACGAGAGAUUUCCCAAUAUUCCCGGAGAGAGCAAAUUGGAACGUGAGGCUCGUCUUCUUGAUCCUAUCCAAACUAUCACUCUGGUUCCAGCCAGACUCCCUCUAGUUUUUAAACGCCGCCUUUAA